UCUCAAACCCUUUCGAAGAGAUCAGGUCAUGUUCAAUGGAAAAUGCAGCUUUUGUUUCUCAAAGAAUCUGCACUUGAGCUCUGUUUCUUUCAUGGUGUUUUUGAGAUACUAGUAGGAAGAAGGACAAGAAGGUAACAGGAAAAGAAAGUCUAUAAAGAUGUGCUCCCUUCUAAAUGCAAUGAAUCUACCAAAACUCCACCAUGACGACUCUCGAUUCAUGAUAUUAUCAAGCGAGGAUGAUCAAGUUGAAUGGUGUUACGCCCUUAGUUUCUUUGCACGUUUAGCGACUUAUGUUGCAAUUCUAGCCGUGAUGGUGGUUGUAAUUGUGCUGCUUCUUAAGUACUUGACGGAGUUAGGUGACGAGAACGGUGAUCGGGAGGAUGCGAGGGCAACAACCGAGUCUGAGACUGAGCCUUUACGCCCUGAAAAGGUGAUACCGAUAACGUAUGGAACGUGUGAAGAUGACGUAGAAACAGGAAGUUGCAGUAGUGGUGAGGAUUUAUAUGAUGCAAGGAUUUGUAUAAUUUGUUAUGAUGAACAAAGGAAUUGUUUCUUUGUUCCUUGCGGACAUUGUGCCACCUGCUAUGAUUGUGCUCAAAGGAUUUAUGAUGAGGAAAAUAAGGUGUGCCCAGUGUGCAGAAGAAUUAUUGGCAAAGUCAGAAAACUUUUUGCUCCAUAACUGUUUCCAUUUCAAAGAAUUCGGGAAGGAAAAAAGUAUGUAUUUUGAUGGAAGGGAAUGGAAUUCAAA